AUGAUAAUCACAAUAUUAUGGCGUCUUCCAACCGAUAAGCAAAGACUUCGUCUCUUACUUGUCGGAAUUACGAAACGAUAUAUAACAAAUGUAUCCCAAGCACCAGCGGAUCAUUUUAUUCGACAAUGUUAUUCAAUUUUGGAAGUCGAUCCAUCAUGUCGUGAUGAAACAAUAAUUCGUAAAGCAUAUUUAGAAAAAGUAAAGCAAUAUCAUCCAGAUUCAUCACUUCAAAAUAAUAAUGGUGAUCAUACAAAAUUUAAUCAAAUACGACAAGCUUAUGAAGCACUUAUAGAAACAUUAAAAUCAAAUGGUUCUCUUGAUCAGUCACCAAUAUCAUCUACAGAUGAUGAUCAUAUUAAAUUUGAUAUUCGUCAUACAGCUCCUCAGCAUCGAACACAUUUAGAAUAUGGAGGUUUCGGCAUGGGAACGCCAAGUCAAAGACAAACUGCAUAUUACAAAAUGCGUGCUCAAAGAGCAUACGAAACUGUCUAUGAAUAUCGACGAGAUCGAGAAUCAGUUGAAACAAGAGAAGAAUUAGUUGAAAGAAAGAAAAGAAAAGAUGUUAGAGCCACAAAUUUUAUUGAUCGUCUUGUUGAAGAUCUUAUUCAAGAAUCAAUGUCACGUGGUGAUUUUAAUAAUAUUAAACCAAGUGGAAAACCAUUACAUGAACGUAAUCCACAUUAUAUGGAUUUUACGACAUAUAAAAUUAAUGAAAUUCUUAUUGAUAAUGGUUAUAUGCCUGAAUGGAUUCAAAUUGAAAAACAAAUUCGAGAAUCUAUUGAAGAAGCACGUACAAAUUUAAAACGUGUUUUUAAAAAAAUUGCUUCGGAAAAUACACAAUCUGUUGAUGAACAGAAAACAUAUUUAUUAAGCAAUAUUAAAUGGAAACAAGCUUUAGAGAAAUUUCGUACUGACAUUGCUGAAGUUAAUGUUAAUAUUAAUAAAUUAAAUCUUAUUGUGCCUAUGCUUUGGAGACAACAGGUACAUUAUAAUGCUGAACAAGAAAUUGCAAAAAUCGUUGCACUGGAUCCUUUAAAAAUUGAAUUACCACCAAGUGAAGAAGAAUUAGCAUUGAUUCAUCAACAAGAAUUAGAUCAACGACAUCAAGAAUGGAUGAAUCAUCAACUAAAUCAACGUUAUUCUGUGUUUGAUGCUAUACGCGAUCUAUUUCAAGCAUUAAGAAAUUUUAAAGUUUAA